AAGUCCUUGCUUACCAGGAAGUUUCGCUACGAAGCCAAGUUACAGCAAUAGACGAGCAGAGCGCAGCAAGAAGUACUUCAGCCCGGACGUAUCUGUUGUUGUUAGCCCGCUAACACAAAUCCCAUCUUAUUCAGUUUUGCGCUUGGAAUCAAGAAAAGCAUCAACUAUAAGGAUGUCGCUUUAUCCAUCCCUGGAGGACCUGAAAGUGGACAAGGUCAUCAAGGCCCAGUCCCAGUUUGUGCAGCAGACGAACAUCCCAGCCCUGACAGAGGGGCCCUACCAGCCCAUGCCUGCCAGCCUGGCCACACCUGGAGCCAGCCUGUACCCUAACCUGCAGGAGCUGGGGGAGUAUAUGGGCCUCAACCUAAACAGCGAUGAGGUGCAGAAGAACCUGGCUCUGGUGCCCAUGGCCGACAACCAAGUGGCAGUGCCCGCUGGUGCAGGCGUCAUGGGCAUGGUGCGGCCGGUUACGGGGACAGAUGUGGGCGUCCGCCGGGCGGAGAUCAGGCAGGGCCUGCGGGAGAUCAUCCUCUGCAAGGACCAGGACGGCAAGGUCGGCCUCAGACUCCGCGAGAUCGACAACGGUAUCUUCAUCCAGUUGGUCCAGGCCAACUCCCCUGCUGCCCUUGCGGGGCUGCGUUUCGGAGACCAGGUGCUGCAGAUCAACGGCCAGAACUGCGCGGCGUGGAGCACGGACAAGGCCCACAAGGCACUCAAGACCGCCGCCGAGCAGCGCAUUGAGCUCAUCGUACGCGACAGGCCGUUCCAGCGCACCAUCACCAUGCACAAGGACAGCUCUGGCCACGUGGGCUUCAUCUACAAGUCGGGGAAGAUCACCUCCCUCGUAAAGGACGGCUCUGCGGCGCGCAACGGCAUGCUGACCGACCACUACAUCUGCGAGAUCAACGGACAGAACGUCAUCGGACUCAAGGACACUCAGAUCAAGGACAUCCUGACCACCUCCCCCACCACCAUGACCAUCACCAUCAUGCCCAAGUUCAUCUACGAGCACAUGCUCAAGAAGAUGUCUGGAGGUCUGCUGCGAUCUGCCAUGGACCACUCUGUGCCUGAGGUGUGAGCUGAGCCCCUCUCUGCUGGACCACUGCCUGACCCCUCACCCUCGAACCUUGACCCCUGACCUAUGACUCCAGAGGUCGUGUCUGGGCCACACGCCAUUGGCCACUCGGCCCGCCAUCUUUAUUGCUGAACUGAAAAUAUCGUCUUCAAAUCAUUCAUUCGUAUAUCACUGCGUACAUAUUACACACACAUUUAUACAUGUAUACAUGUUACCAGAUGCCUUGUUUUCUACUGUUCUGCUGUAGUGUAAUGUUUUCAAACUCUUUGUCUUUAGUUAUGUUUUUUUUUCUAUUUUUCUCCCCUUCAUCUUUCUUGUCUGUGUCUGUAUCUUCAUAAUAAUGCAUCGUGUUCAUCUAGUGUUUUUAAUUUGGCUCAUUACAUGCACCUUUUUUAUUAUCGUAUAGUUUGUUUUUUUUAUUAAGAGAAAAAAAAUAAUGAAGCCAUAGUUUUGAGUUAAGAGCUUCCAUACAGGUAAACUACAGCAAGUAAAGGAAAGGAUCGUGGGCAUUGACUACCAUUCCUGGGCUCUGUCCCCGUUUGCAUGCAUGGGCAAGUGAACCACAACCCUACCCCCCCCCAGUUAGGUUUUUAACUGACGUAUGUACGUUUGUGCCAAGAAUGGUUGAUUUUAAUUUUCACUGUUUAGACUGAGCAUAUGGUUUAAGAAAACACACGUUUAAGAGAAUUUUACUUGAUUUUUUUUCUCUCGUUUGAUUGUUUGUUCAGUGUCAUUUUUUUAGGACUUUGUAACUUUUUUGAUAACCCUAACCACCAUUAUCCCUACAGAAUAGAACCUGUAAAAAUUUAUAUAUGAAUGUAACCACAAGAUAAUUAUUGUACAAGUAAAAAAAAGACAAUAAAUAACUCAAAGACACA